AUGAAUUUUAUAUUGUUUGUUUUUAUAUCUGGGGGUUUCAUCCCAGGGAUGAGGAAUUUAAAGCCUAACAUGGAAGAGUUACCUGGUAAGGCGUCUUCAUAUGAAGAUCAGUACUAUGGAGAUGAAGAUGAGAAUACACACAGUAACUCUGCUGUACAUAAAGAAGAAAAUGAAGACAACACCCCUGCUAAUGAGAAAACUGGAAACUAUUAUAAAGAUAUAAAACAAUAUGUGUUCACCACAACAAAUUCAAAUGGCACUGAGUCUGAAAUAUCUGUGAGAGCCACAACAGAUCUGAGGUUUGCGCUAAAAAACUAAACAACCCCAAAUGUGCCUGCAUUUUGGACAAUGUUGGCUAAAGCUAUAAAUGGAACAGCGGUGAGCAUGGAUGAUAAAGAUCAAUUAUUUCAACCAAUUCCAAGCUCUGAUUUGAAUUCUACAAGUGGAGACAAACUGUCAGAGCUAGAGGAAAUCAAGCUCAAACUAAUGCUGGGCAUCACGUUGAUGACCCUCCUCAUUUUAAUCCCCCUCCUGAUAUUCUGUUUGGCCACACUGUGCAAACUGAGACACCUAAGAGACAAACAGUGUGACAGUCAGUAUUCCGUCAACCCACAGCUGGCAACUCUGUCUUAUUUCCAUCCAUCAGAAGGUGUAUCAGACACUUCCUUUUCUAAAAGUGCAGAGAGCAGCUCAUUUUGGGGUACCACUUCUUCAGAAAUGAGAAGAGCAGGCACAAGAAAAUCAAAAUCUAAAACAAUGGAUUUUUCUACAGGCUCAGAUGACACAGGCUUAAAUGAGGAGUCAUAUUUACUUAAUAAUGAGCUAGUGGAGCCAGAAUUACUUAAUAAUGAGCUAGUGGAUGAGGAGAACAAUGCUCAGGAAUAG